GCCCAAACCUGAAAGCGAAAAGCGCUCCUUCUUUCCACUCAUCAGUACCAGAGCAAAAGAAAACGUGGGUGACCCGGAAAAGACCAAAAAGGAAAGAUGCCCAGAAUUUCAAGCUCUGUAAUCCAGCUUUAGCGACGGGGUUUUUCUUGGAAUCCCUUGUUUUGUUUAAGGUGAUAGUGAAGAAGAAGCCCCUCGGCCCCGUUUCUUGAACUGCAUUCGCUGCCGCGCGAGAGUUUCACUCUUUCUUUGAGGAAAGCAGGGUAGAAAGAUGGAGUCUUGUCUCCCGCGUUCGUUUCUUACGCCUUCUGUGCUCUCCACGGACAGGAAAAAUUGGAGAGGCCAAGACAUCUCGAAGUUCUGCUUUCCAACACAAGUUUCAGGGAGCAGAGAAAGGGACAUCCUCAGAGUAUACUAUGUUAGAUGUAAUGUCGCGAAUAUUAAGGAAAAACUUGCUCUUUCCCGGAGAAGGAAUAGGGAGUGGAUUGUGCAUGCAGCCUCCAGACAACCACUUGAAUCUGGGCCUGGAGAGUUCAAUUCCGGUCGUAUCAGGGAUUCUGUAAAAAAUGCUGUUGACGCUUUUUAUCGGUUCUCUCGUCCUCACACAGUCAUUGGCACAGCAUUGAGCAUAAUAUCAGUUUCUCUGCUUGCGGUAGAGAAGUUAUCAGAUAUUUCUCCCUUAUUUUUCACUGGGGUCCUGGAGGCUGUUGUUGCUGCCCUCUUCAUGAAUAUAUACAUUGUGGGUUUAAACCAGCUUUCUGACAUUGACAUAGACAAGGUCAACAAGCCCUAUCUUCCCCUUGCAUCGGGAGAGUACACAGUUGGGACUGGUGUCAUGAUUGUUACAUCUUUUUCCAUCAUGAGUUUUUGGCUUGGAUGGAUUGUUGGUUCAUGGCCAUUGUUUUGGGCUCUAUUUGUCAGUUUUUUGCUUGGGACUGCUUAUUCUAUCAAUUUACCCAUGUUGAGAUGGAAGAGAUCUGCUGUUGUUGCAGCAAUGUGUAUCCUAGCUGUCCGGGCGGUGAUUGUUCAGAUUGCAUUUUUUCUGCACAUUCAGACCCAUGUGUACAAAAGACCACUGGUGCUCUCGAGGCCACUAAUUUUUGCAACCGCAUUUAUGAGCUUCUUCUCUGUGGUUAUUGCAUUAUUUAAGGAUAUACCUGAUAUUGACGGAGACAAGAUAUUUGGUAUCCAAUCAUUCACUGUUCGUUUGGGUCAAGAGCGGGUAUUCUGGAUUUGCAUAUCACUGCUUGAAAUGGCUUACGGUGUGGCCGUUCUUGUUGGAUCAGUCUCUUCAUGUCUGUGGAGUAAAGUCCUCACGGUCCUUGGUCAUGCUCUGUUGGGCUAUCUGUUAUGGAGCCGCGCCAAGUCUAUUGAUCUGAGGAGCAAAGUGGCAAUAACAUCAUUCUACAUGUUCAUUUGGAAGCUAUUUUAUGCCGAGUACUUGCUUAUCCCGCUAGUGAGGUGAGCGACUUCCGUGGUGACGAAUUUCUAAACGAUGUAUUCCUUGGCCUGCUGCAGGGAAAUCAAUUGUCUGCCUAAUGUUUGGCACAAAUAUCCACAUUCUAUGGAUAAUGUAAUAGGAAACUUGGAAAGGUUGUUGCCCUAGUUCCGAGUAUCCAAUUCUGCUUGGCUCUGAUCUGAGUCCCAAUUCAUGAAUUGUGAUUGUCAGGCGAAUUUGCAUGCGACCGUCUUUUCUGUGGUAUCGAUGUCGUCUUCUGCUCGGAAAAGUUUGAAUUUAAGAAACAUAACGAGUCAUGAAAGCUGGAAUUAUACCUUGGUCA